AUGGCCUCGGAGCAGUCGUACCUGGCGGUGACCUGCACCGCGCCGGUCAACAUCGCGGUCAUCAAGUACUGGGGGAAGCGAGAUGAGGAGUUGAUCCUGCCCAUCAACUCCUCUCUGAGUGUCACUUUACAUCAGGACCAGUUAAAAACCACUACGACAGCUGUCAUUAGCAAGGACUUCACUGAGGACCGGAUUUGGCUUAAUGGCCGGGAAGAGGACAUAGGGCAGCCACGUAUCCAGGCCUGCCUGAGGGAGAUUCGCCGCCUGGCCCGGAAGCGGAGGAGUGGUGAUGAGGAGGACCAGCUGCCUCUCAGCCUCAACUACAAGGUCCACGUCGCGUCGGUGAACAACUUCCCCACAGCUGCAGGCCUCGCCUCCUCCGCUUCAGGCUACGCCUGCCUAGCCUAUGCCCUGGCCCGAGUCUACGGGGUCGAGAGUGACCUUUCGGAAGUGGCUCGCCGCGGUUCAGGCAGCGCCUGCCGGAGUCUAUAUGGCGGUUUCGUGGAGUGGCAGAUGGGGGAGCAGGCUGAUGGGAAGGACAGCAUCGCCCGGCAGGUGGCCCCUGAAUCGCACUGGCCUGAACUCCGAGUCCUCAUCCUCGUGGUAAGCGCUGAGAAGAAGCUGACUGGCAGCACGGUGGGCAUGCAGACCAGCGUGAAGACCAGCCCCCUGCUCAAGUUCCGGGCUGAGACAGUGGUGCCGGCGCGCAUGGCAGAGAUGAUCCGUUAUGUCAAAGAGAGAAAUUUCCAGGGCUUUGGCCAGCUCACCAUGAAGGACAGCAACCAGUUCCAUGCCACCUGCCUAGACACCUUCCCGCCCAUCUCAUAUCUCAACGACACUUCUAGGCGUAUCAUCCACCUGGUGCACCGCUUCAAUGCCCACCAUGGGCAGACCAAGGUGGCGUAUACGUUUGACGCAGGCCCCAACGCGGUGAUCUUUACCCUGGACAACACUGUGGCAGAGUUCGUGGCUGCCGUGAGGCACAGCUUUCCCCCUGAGUCAAAUGGAGACAAGUUUCUGAAGGGGCUGCCGGUGAAGCCUGCCCCGCUCUCAGACGAGCUUAAAGCUGCACUGGGCAUGGAUCCUACCCCCGGCGCCAUCAAAUACAUCAUUGCCACUCAGGUGGGGCCCGGACCUCAAGUCCUGGACCACCCUCACGCUCACCUCCUGGGCCCGGACGGCCUGCCGAAGCCAACAGUUUGA